AAAACGCAUCUCAAGGGCAGAAUGCAGUGAAAGAAUAUUUUGUUCUGAUGUUGAGUGGGAAUGUGAGAAUACAGUGUACCUUACUCUGAUUUUCCAAUCCGCUUGUCUCUGGUACUGCAGUUAGAGACAGGGUUUGUACGAAGCUUGUUUCACAAAGAACUGUUUUGUGGCCAUGAAUCCAUCUGUGAAUAAGUUGCCAGAUGGGUCACAAAUUAUUGGCACUACCACAACAGUUCAGCCCAUUGCCAUUCAACAGCCAAUAGGAGUCAGGCAGCAGAUCCCCGCAACAAUCCCAGGAACUCCCACACAGGCUGAGACGAAGGUUCUGGACAAGAGACGUCUGCAGGAACUGGUCAAAGAGAUCGAUCCCAUGGAACAACUGGAUGAGGAUGUUGAAGAGGCAUUGUUGAAUAUAGCUGAUGACUUUAUAGACAGCAUUGUGACAUCUGCCUGUCAAAUUGCCAAGCACAGGAAGUCCAGUACUCUAGACGUCAAAGAUGUUCAACUUCAUUUAGAGCGUAACUGGAAUAUGUGGAUUCCUGGAUUUGGAUUGGAUGAUCUGAAGCCGUAUAAAAAGUCAGCAGCCACUGAGGCUCAUAAACAGAGGAUGGCACUUAUCCGAAAAACUCUCAAAAAAUAUUAAGAGAUUUAACUGUGGAACAUCUUCACUGGAUAGUUGUUUGUUGUGGGAGUAUUUUUAAUGUUCAGAAAGUGAAAAAAGACAAAUGCUGGAACAUUGACUUACAAAUUAAUUUUUGAACAUCACAACUUCAUCCAUUCUCUUCACCAAGAUGGAAUCAAUUUCAAGGACAUGUAUAAAGUUGUUGUGUCAAUUUUAAUAUGAAUCAUAUUACCAAAAUGUAUCCUCAUUUUCAUCAUGUUGUAAGAUAUGAAAUAAAUCUUAAUUUCAGUUAUGACAUUAAA